UUCUUUCCCUGAUCUUGCCUUAAAAGUGAAACUUUGAGAGCGUGCGUUUCACUCAACCUGUUAACACACUUCUGAAAACACGCUUAUCGCCAAGAAUCUUAUUCGAGCAACGCGCGGUCGAUUUUCGUUUCAGGAUUCAGUUGCGAUUUGCCUCUUUCUUAAUGUAGAUCAUGCUGAAAAGUGCUUUUGUGUGCUUUGCACUGUGGAGUUGUGCGGGUUUGGUUGCUUGCACUAGUGAAGUGAAUCGCGAUGCCCCUGCAAGUAACUCUUGGGGUUUAAAAACUUCUCCUUUAACAAAGCUGUUUCCCUUCUCCCUGAAUCGCCCCAAUGGCUCAUUCCAUCUGCCACAGUUCACCGCGACAAAUUGGCCACUAUUCGAACAAAAACAGCAGAAAGAAACCACCACAGGUAAACCUUGGCGACUUCCCAGCCUAUUUCCUUUCAAUGUUGGAAGCAACUCGUCCUGGGGUUCAACUACUGGGAAGAACUACAGCAACAAAAUCUUCAUCCCAGCUGAAACUGUGAGCAAAUUUCCAGCAGUAGUGGAAUUUUUCGUGCAGAAGAUUCAAGCCUCCCAAUCCAACUACGUUUACGAGGAUUUGAGCAGACCGCCCACUUACGAUAAGCCCGUCUUCACGUUGUCUCCAGAGGAUCAAAUCGCUUUUGGCUUGGCAACAUCGACCAAACCGCCUGCAACACCAAAACCCAUUUCAAACGACGACUUUGACUACGAAGAAAUCGCCAACAACACUGAAACUUUAUUCGAAAUCAUCAAAAGCACUCAAGGAGAAGACAACAUUCCCAUGUCCAGCGAUCUGAAGAGCAUCUUCGCCAGCUAUUGCAAAUCACUGGAAAAAGAGCCUUUGCAAACUCCGAACUUUAUCGAGAAAGAGAUGGCAGCAACUUCUGAAACUGAUGUGGGCCUUCCAGCGGUGGUGCGGCUUCGAAGAAGCCUUGUUAAGGGCAAAGAAGCUUUCAAAGUGGGAGCAGGAGUAGGCAAGAUUUGCUCAGAAAUGCUAAAAAAGACGCAGGAAAUACGCUCAGAAGGGUAUAUCCAUAAUGAAGCAUCAACCAAUGUAGUUCACCUGAGGAAGCAGCCAGUGGGCCAGAGCGACGUUAGCGAGGAAAACUCUAGAAGAACGCCCACCAAUCACCACGGAUUGCCAAAUGUCGUGUACGAAGCGGGGGGCCCAAUCAGAAGCAAUCAGGCUCAGAAGGAAAACCAUGGGAUUCCUCACGUUAUUUUCUUAAGGCGCUUAAAGGAAAGUCCGAAUACUCAAGAGUAAUUGCUGUAGGUUUGUUCAAGUGCCAGUGUCGAUGUUCCAGCCGCAAUUCUACCAGCAACAGUCGAUGCAAGACCCGAAGCAGUUCGGAAUCGGGCAAUGGAUCCAGCAAACGCCGUGGUUGCCCAUCCAGGUGAACAUUCCCGACUUGUUCCAGAAUAUCGGCAAUGGCAUUUCGCAGGCCACCAAUGGGGUGACGCAAUUCACGCAAAACGUCGGUACUGGUCUGAACCAGUUUACGCAAAACGUUGGCAGCGGUUUCAACCAAUGGAUGCAACAGCUGGGUCAACGGAUACCGAUUCUGGGCAAUAUAGCGGCCAAUCGCCUACCAAUGAAUAGGCCCAAUGGGCAACGGCCUGUUUUCGUGAUGAUUCCUGUGGAGUAUCCGGGCGGGCAACAGCUAAUUAUGGAGGAAGCCUUGGAAGCUUUCCCUUAGUGCUCUAAACCUGUUAGUUUAAUAUUUAUAUUUUAUGUGAAUUUACCUCAGUAAAACUGGGGAAUUUGGGGAAUUGCCAAAAAAACAAUGACAAAGUUUA